GGCGGGGCCGGCUAAUCAGCUGGGCCAGUCGCCGCCGCCGCUGCAGAGUCUCGGCCGCGCCAGGCGCCGCGCAUCGGGCUCCCGGGACCAUGGCCACGGACGAGCUGGCCAGCAAGCUGGGCCGCCGGCUGCAGAUCGAGGAGGAGGGCGGCGGGCCCGAGGGGCAGAACGGGGAGGAGGCGGCGGAGCCCGAGCCCGACGGCCCGGAGCCCCUGGGCGGCGGCGCGGACGGCGAGCUGAGCGCCAAGCUGCAGCGGCGCACGGAGCUCAGCCAGGGCGGCGGGGAGCUCUCGCCGGGCGGCGGCCGCAAGGUCUUUAACCCCUACACCGAGUUCCGCGAGUUCUCCCGCCGGCAGAUCCGCGACAUGGAGCGUCUCUUCCGGCAGUAUGACGCGGGGAAAGAUGGCUUCAUUGACCUGAUGGAAUUGAAGCUAAUGAUGGAAAAACUAGGAGCAUCACAAACGCACCUUGGGCUGAAGAAUAUGAUCAAAGAAGUAGAUGAAGAUUUUGACGGCAAACUUAGCUUCCGGGAGUUUCUCCUGAUUUUCCGCAAAGCCGCGGCGGGUGAGUUGCAGGAAGACAGCGGGCUUCACGCCUUAGCGCGGCUCUCGGAGAUCGACGUCUCCACGGAGGGCGUGAAAGGAGCCAAAAGCUUCUUCGAGGCCAAAGUCCAAGCUAUUAAUGAGGCCAGCCGCUUCGAAGAGGAGAUCAAAGCCGAGCAGGAGGAGAAGAAAAAGCAGGCGGAGGAGAUGAAGCAGAGGAAAGCCGCCUUUAAGGAACUACAGUCCGCCUUCAAGCAAUGAUCAGAGGGCGGGCGGGGGUGGGCGGGCAGCAGCCCUGGACAGGACUUCCACGGUACAGAGUGCCAAGGAGGUGCCGAGCGAACCGCUGUCUGGGAAAGAUCCGGGAUGAUUUGUGUAAGUGAUGGUUGAAGGGACCAAUUUCUAAAGAACAUUUUUUUUUGUCUGUGAAUCCAGAGUUGUUGGGCCACCUUCAGGGACGGGCUGCUGGCAGUUUUGUUUAUCAUCCUGCUUCCUUGCACUGUAAAUAUGGCAAGUGAAGACUUGGUUUCCCAUUAGUCUGUUAGCUGUUCUGUGACAAUGUGCGUCUGCAGGUGUAACGUUGCUUUAAAAAAAAAA